AUGGCUACUGCAUCACAUGAUCUGUCUGAAACGUCCGCCACACAAGCUGAGCGAAAUGCCCACGAAGAUGAGCCGUGGUACCACGGUCUGUUACCUCGAGAAGAUACCAAUAGGCUUCUGACUAACAAUGGUGACUAUCUAGUGCGCUUAACGGAACCAGAACCAGGAAUGGGCAUGAGGACAGUGCUAUCCGCCCGAUGGAAGGAUAAAGUACAACACUUUGUAAUCAACGAAAAAGAUGGAAAAUAUUUUAUCGAUAAGGAAAAAUUCCGAACAAUCUUAGAAUUAAUUACAUUUUAUGCUACUGAACAGAAAUCAGUAACGGAGCAAACAGAGGCUAUUCUCAUAACACCAAUACCAAAACAAGAAUGGGAAUUCAAGCAUGAUUGGAUCAAAUUGGGAAGGAAAUUAGGAGAGGGAGCCUUCGGCGGUGUCUAUGCUGGUGUUUUGACAUUAGGAAAGAAAAGAUAUGAUGUUGCUGUUAAAGUCAGUAAAGCAAGUGAGGUUACAAAGAAGAUUAUAGCUGAAAUCUGUAAAGAAGCACGAAUUAUGCGGAGAUAUCGACAUCCGAACGUCGUGAGAUUCUAUGGAGUAGCUGUUGAGCACGAGCCAGUGAUGCUAAUCAUGGAGAUGGUGAAUGGUGGUGCUCUUGAUGUUCAUUUAAGAAAACAAGCAUCAAGUAUAACUCUGAAAGACAGGCUGCGAUAUGCAUAUGGCGCCUCCAAAGGUUUAGAAUAUCUCCACACAAACGAUUGUCUGCAUAGGGAUGUUGCUGCAAGGAAUUGUCUGAUCGAUGACGACGAAGUAAAACUAAGCGACUUUGGUUUAUCAAGGGAGCUUUCGAACCGCGCCAAGAAGUACACUUUAAGGGAUCUAAAACAAAAACUUCCAAUUCGUUGGCUUGCACCGGAAGUAAUUAGCUCUGGCACAUACUCCAAGAAAAGCGAUGUAUAUUCAUUUGGAGUUUUGUUAUGGGAGAUCUACAAAGAUGGUGAACUGCCCUAUGCGGAUAUGUCAGCACAAGAAGUGUCAGCAAACGUAGCGUCUGGUUAUCGAUUAGCUCCUCCUCCUAAAAUGCCUAAAUCCAUACGAUUGAUUAUGGUUAAUCAGUGCUUUCCAGCGAAUCCCGACGAAAGGAGCAAGAUGUACCAGAUUCGAAUAUCUCUAGAAGAAGCAAUGCAACCAUCUUCAGAACGAUAGUGUCUGAAGUCAAAUUAAGCAGCAACUUACUGACAAAACUUUGCUAAUUACAAGCCAACAUUAUUUAUUACUUGUAAAUGAUCUACGAAAAAUCUUUCAUUGAGAUAGGUGUUAUUCAGUCUCAAUAAACAUUAAG